ACAACGUUGAAAACAUCACCAAACAAUGGCCAGAAACUAAAGAUUAAGCAAGUAAAAGAAGAAUGGCUGGGUGACAACCAAAAAAAAACUCCAAAGGACGCUCAUUGGAACCUUCCAACGACGUCCUCAGCUUGGUGAAGAAGCAUCAGCGGCUAAGCCAGAACCUCAGCGGCAACUUCAAACGAAUGGUGGUAAUACACAACAGGAAGACUCUGCAGUUAUUGAGACAGACAGACUGAGCUGGUAUGAGAGCAAGGUAUGGAACCAGGAAACCUUCAAGGUCUAUCACAGAAUACCCAUGCAGAGAUCACAGAUUUAGUACAACAGCAGCCAAUACCUGAACCUGAACUGGAUAAUGGAACUAUGGCCGAUAGAAUAAGAGAUAGACGAAGAAACGCAGCACAGGUAGCAGAAAGAGCGUUAGAAGAAAUUAGACUUGAUGGUGCCUUUGAUUAUGAUUCCAACUUUGAAUACAUCAUUGAGGAUGACACCAACGGUUUUCAUGAGAAUGAUAAUCCAGUUUAUGAACAACAACAAUGGAGACCACGGAGACCACAUAACUUGGGGUUAAAUCCAGGUUGUGUUGAAAAGUGUGAUUAUUGCCAUGCUCUCCUCAUCGACACUGAGUUACCAUCUUUUUGUUGUGACAGGGGCAAAUUUUUGCUUGGUGAGAUAUUCAAAGAGCCUCCACAGUACACCUUGGAUGUCUUAUUGGAUCCAAUCACGUCCAAAUAUUCUCGAACAAUUAAUACCAUUCUUGGGCUCCAAAAGUACUGGUGAUUCGGGAGGUAGAACUUAUUCAAUGACCAUCAACGGGAGUUUGUUCCAUAGAGAUGAUGGCAUGAUAGCUCAAGAGAAUGGACAAGAGAAGUUGGAAGAAAUUUGUACACUAGCUCCUGGCUUAACUACAAAUCGCUAUCUCGAAUUGCUCAGAGGUGUUCAAAACGAUGAAGAAUAUAAUAAACUUGAGGAC